GAUGUGAAUUUGAAAACGUUAAUCGAAGGGGACGCACCGUUACCGAAAAGGAAAGUGGAUAAGAUGAGCGCACGAUUAGAUAAAGUACACAUAUCGCCGAAUAGGAAUAUUAAUCAUUUGAACUGGAGAAAAAGACAUCUUCGACAAGAAACGCUUGAUGAAAUUGAUCGGAGACUGAACGACUCAUCGGAUGACGAAUCGAGUGGUAACGACGACGGUAUCAUCCGUUCAACGAAACGAGAAAAAUUCGAUGAAAACAGUCGUUUGAUGAUGAGUGAUGAACUCAAACAAUUCAUCAGAAGAAAUGCCAAUGAACCCAUCGUUCUUUCACCGAAGGAAAGGCCAUCACCCAACAAUGCAGUAGUUCCAUAUGUUCCUCGUACGAUACCGCUAUUAUCGGAUGUAAAACCGUCAACGGAGAGUCACAUAAAUGAAAUAACAGAGAACGAUGAAGCAUGGCAUGAUGCCUCCUUAAUUGACAGCGAGGAGGUGAUCGCAGAAGUAUCAUUCCCGGACGAUAGCAGUGUUGGAUCGUCGUCUUUAGACGAAGAAGAUGCGUCCUUAAGGUCACAACCGCUGAAACAACGAUCCAGUGAACUAGAAUCGGUGGUGGAAAUUGCAGAAGUAACGAAUGAAAGUGGUGUUGAGGAAGAUACUGAUUUGGAGAUGGACUGCAGUUGA